AGAAGGUUCUGGAAAUCGAAGGAAAAAAUAUUUUUUUUUUUAAAUUAUUAUUGAUGGAAGUGGAACUUAAUUUAGAGAACGAUAAACAAAGACACUAAGCAGAGGAACAUAAAAAUAAAGGAAAUGAUUAUUUUAAAAGAGGAUAAUAUUCAAAUGCAGCUGAAGAAUAUGAAAAAGCUAUAGGUAUUAAAAUAUAUUUAAAUUUUAGAACUAUGUUAAAACGAAGCAAGUUAUUAUGGUAAUAGAGCAGCUUGUUUCCUUUAGAUGAAAAAGUAAUUUUUAUUAAUAAUAUAAUUAGAUAUAAUAAAUGUAUAAAAGACUGUGACAAAGCCCUGAGCUUAGACCCAAACAACGUAAAAUUCUUCAGAAGAAAAGCUUUAAGUUUACAAUUCUUGGGACUUUUAACAGAAGCCAAACUUAUUUUUGAUCAAAUUGUUAAUUUAGAUAAAAGUGAACAAUCUCUUAAAGAAUAUGAAUAAAUUAAAGAAUACAUAAAUAAUAUAAAAUAAGCUCGAUAAAAAUUAGAUGCUAAUUAAUAUAAAGAAGCAUUAAAUUUGAUUGAAAAUGUUGCCAAGGAAAUUCCAGAUGCAGUUGAUAUUUAAAUUCUAAAUUGUGAAUGUUUAGCUAGAACAGCCAAUAUAAAUAAAGCUUAAGAAUAAUUAAGACUUAUUUAAGAUAAAUAUGGAUCAAGAACAGAGACAUAUUAUUUAAAAGGUUUAAUAGAAUUAUAUGGAGGAAGUCCAGAUAAAGCAAAAUCAAUACUAUAAGAAGGAUUAAGAUAAGAUUAGAAUAAUAAAAAAUGUUUAGCAAUUUAUUAAAUGGCAAAGGAUUAAGAUAAUUAUAAAUAAAAAGGAAAUGAUUGUUUGAAUUCUAAUAAAUUUAAUGAUGCUAUUUAAUAUUAUAGCAAAGCUUUAGAAGUUGAUUCAAAUAAUUUUAGAUUUAAUUCAUUAAUAUAUGCAAAUAGAGGAUUAGCUCAUUAAAAGUUAAAGGAUCAUAGAAAAGCUGUUAAUGAUUUUGAUAAAUCAAUAGAAUUAAAUGAUAGAUAUUUUAAAGCUUAUUUGAGAAGAGGAGAUUCAAGAUAUGAAUUAGGUGAUUUAGAUGGAGCAUAAAGUGAUUAUUAAAAAGUAAUGGAAUUAGAUUAAGGAUCAAUAUAAUAAAUGAGAUAAAAAAUAAAUGAUAUUAAUAGAAAAUAGAAAUAAUUAUCUAAGAAAGAUUAUUAUAAAAUAUUAGAAGUUGAUAAAAAUGCAACAGAAGCAGAUAUUAAAAAAGCUUAUAGAAAAUUGGCUUUAUAAUGGCAUCCAGAUAAAAAUAAAGAAAGUGAAGAAUAAAAAGUAUAUAUUUUGAAUAAUAUAAUAUUAGAAAUUAGCUGAUUAAAAAUUUAGAGAAAUUGCUGAAGCUUAUAGUGUUUUAAGUGAUAAAUAAAAAAGAUAAUAAUAUGAUAUGGGAGUUGAUCCAAAUGAUCCAAUGGGAGGUGCUGAAGGAUUUGAAACUAAUAUUGACCCAACUUAAAUCUUUAAAAUGUUUUUUGGUGGAGAAGGAGGAGCAGGAGAUUUUUCAGAUUUUGGAUUUUCAAAUAUAGGAGGUUCAGGAGGAUUUACAACUAUGUUUACAACUAAUUUAGGUGGAAUGGGUUAGAAUAUGAGAGGAGGAUAAGCAUUUCCAUUUUAAUUUGGAGGAGAUUUCACUUAAAAUGGAGGAGCAGCAUUCCCUGGAUUUUCAUUUCCUGGAAUGUAAUUCACUUAAUAAUAAUAAAGAAGAAAAUGAUCC